UUGUAUUUAAACCUCUUCACUCUACACAACAACAUACAUAUUAUCUCUCUUCAACAAACCAAAAAGCUUCAACUAUCAUGGCUUUUGAGAUCUGUGUCAAGGCUGCUGUUGGUGCCCCUAAUGUUCUUGGAGACUGUCCAUUUAGCCAAAGGGCUCUUUUGACUCUGGAAGAGAAGAAACUAUCUUACAAAACCAAUCUCAUUAAUCUGAGCAGCAAACCAGAUUGGUUCCUUGCAUUGAACCCAGCUGGGAAAGUUCCUUUGUUAAAGUUUGAUGAGAAAUGGGUGCCUGAUUCUGAUGUUAUUGUGGUUCUGCUUGAAGAGAAGUAUCCUGAACCUUCUCUUACUUACCCCCCUGAACUUGCUUCUGUGGGGGCAGAUAUUUACUCAAAGUUUUCGACAUUCUUGAAGAGCAAGGAUGAGAAUGAUGGGACUGAACAAGCUUUGCUUGAUGAACUCUAUGCAUUGGAAGAACACCUCAAGAACAAUGGGCCUUACGUUAACGGAAAAAAGAUCUCAGCCGUUGAUCUGAGUUUGGCACCAAAGCUAUACCAUCUUAAGGUGGCUCUUGGUCAUUUUAAGAAGUGGUAUGUUCCAGAAAGUCUGACUCAUGUGCACAACUACAUGGAGUCGCUCUUCGCUAGGGAGUCAUUUCAGAAAACGAAAACCCCUAAAGAAGAAUACUUGAUUGCUGGAUGGGAGCCAAAGGUUAAUCCAUGAAGUCGUCCCAAGCUAUAGUUAUAGCUAGUCGCGUUAUCAACUUAUCAUAUGUAUGUAAUAAGUUAGGUUGUGCACCAUAUGUGUUUUGGAGUUUUAAUAAACUGUGGUAGGUGUUUGUUAUG